UCGAUCGUUUGCUCAAAUUUGGCAAGUGGCAAUCCAGUAGCGCCGAUGUAUCUCCAUUCCCGCCAAACGGAGCAUUCAUGCACCACUAAUGUGCCAAGCGGACGUCGGUGGAUCACAGUUGUCUCAUGUCCUCCUACCUCUGGGCGGCGGCCCAUCCAUCACAGUCUAUAGGGCUGCCAUGGCCCUUAUGCCUGCAUUUGUGGGCCGACGAGCCAUGGCGGCGUCCAGAGAAUUGCGCUGUUCAAACUUUGGAUCAAAAUGCUGGCCGGCAUUCCAUGCAUCUGUCUUUGCCUCCGGCAGUUGGUGGGCCGUGAGCAGGAUGAAAAUAUAAAUAUUCUUGCUUCCUGUCUUUUCCGGCUGUCGCAGGUUCUGAAGUUCACCUUGACAAUUUGUAGUCCCCACUAACGCCAACAUGUAUGGGACUCUUGCCUAUCUCUCUUUUUUCCUGACUUGCUCUCUUGCAAGAAGCGUCGGUGAUGUACACCAACACGCUGCUCGAACGACCACACAGUAUGCUCAGAAGCAGCCGCCGUUGGACACUCCUUGGACAGAGGAUGUCGGGACAAACCCGUGGCCCGAGUACCCCCGUCCACAGAUGGCGAGGAGUCAGUGGCAGAAUCUGAAUGGUAUCUGGCAGUAUCAGAGUGCUUCCAGCCUGAAUGACAGCCAAUACCCGCCCUUCGGUCAAGAUCUCGCUCAAGAGGUCCUGAUCCCUUCGUGCCUCGAAAGUGGACUCUCUGGCAUUCAAGGAACAAACACGCUCUAUUCUUGGUUCAGGACCAACUUCACAGUUCCGAGUUCCUGGGGUGGAGAGAGCAUUCUCCUCAACUUCGGAGCUGUAGACUAUGAAGCUACCGUCUUUAUCAACGGAAAGCAGGCGGGUUUCAACCGCGGUGGUUACUUUGAAUUUACCGUCGACAUUACCCAAUAUGUUGACACAUCGGCGUCUAACGAAAUGCUUGUUUUCGUGCAUGACCCGACCGAUAGCGAUGGCUAUGUCAUCCCUAUCGGCAAGCAGCGAUUAAUCCCGUCGCAUAUCUUCUACACUCCCUGCAGUGGUAUUUGGCAGAGCGUCUGGAUCGAAACUGCCCCGGCAAACUAUGUGACGCAACUUGAUCUUACCGCUGACAUGAACGGCCAAGUCAAUGCCACCGUGCACAGUUUCACGGGCAAUGGCACGACAGUGAACAUCUCCGUGUUAGAUGGCGACGACGUGGUCGGUUCUGCCAGCGGCUUAUCCGAUCAGCCUCUCUUGUUCAACGUUUCCGAUCCCAAGCUUUGGUCUCCGGACUCGCCCAAUCUGUACAACGUGACAGUCACCAUGGGACAAGAUAAGAUCUCAAGUUACACUGGCUUCCGUACAAUCUCGAAGGGUACUGUGGAUGGUGUUGUCCGGCCUCUGUUGAACGGAAACUUCAGCUUCAUCUUUGGUACACUUGAUCAGGGAUACUGGCCAGACGGACUCUACACUCCACCAAACCGUGAGGCGAUGGUCUAUGACUUGAAGUUCCUCAAAGACAUGGGCUUCAAUAUGGUCCGCAAGCAUAUCAAAGUUGAGCCAGCGCUCUGGUACCGUGCAUGUGACGAAAUGGGUCUUUUGGUUAUCCAGGAUAUGCCAUCUCUUCGGCCGCUGGAGACCACAGUUGACGCCAACGGCGUGUCUGUAACCAUUUUGCCCGACGCCGACCAGCAAAAUGAAUUUGGAAGGCAACUGGAGGUGCUGGUCAAUCAGCUCAAGAGCUAUCCUAGUAUUUUUGCCUGGGUGAUUUAUAACGAAGGAUGGGGCCAGAUCACCAGCUACUAUCCAGAGUUCAACCUGACGUCGAUUGUGAAGCAGCUUGACCCCACUCGACUGGUUGAUGCGACAUCUGGCUGGCACGACCACGGCGCCGGCGACUUUAGCGAUAACCACCAUUAUGCAAACCCCCAGUGCGGCACCCCGUUCUAUUCUAUCGACUCCAGCCCGUAUGACUCGAACCGGAUUGGCAUCCAAGGAGAGUUUGGAGGACUUGGGAACAACGUUUCGAUCGAGCACCUCUGGAACAACCAAGAAGCGAUCAACAGUAUCAACGAGACAUAUGAGAUUGACACCGACGUGGAUGCUUGGAACUACCGCAGCCACCUUUUGCUGUCCGAGCUGCAGGAUCAGGUCCGCUUGUAUGCCUGCAGUGUUGGGGUGUGGACUCAAACGGUUGAUGUUGAGGGUGAGGUGAAUGGAUUGAUGACAUACGAUCGGCGCGUCAUGCGGGUGAACGAGACUCAGUGGAAGGAUGAUAUCCAGGGUCUGUAUGAUGCGGCGUCCAAGAGGACCAACUCUUCGUCGACGAAUUGAUGAUCUUUUUGUUUGAAAAUCGCAUGGUUGGGUAUAUUGUUUGAUAUCCAUUUGCAUAUGAAUAGAAGCGCUGUGAUAGAUCAAUGUUGAUGUUUCUUACUUCGAGAAUCAAUGAUGGGAAGGUGAAAUGGUGAGUAGAAGUUCGUAUUUCUCGUGAUCCCGUGAUGUCGAUCUAUGAACGAGACGGAGUAUGGUACCAUGUAUGG